AUGGCGAAUCGAGAUUUUAUACGCCUGGCUACCGCAGAUGACCCGGAGCUACGAGCCGAGGCCGUGCAUCUUCUGCCCUAUCAACUCCCUGCGUACGAGUUUCGCUCCCGGCAAUGGGAAAAUGUCGAGGAAAUCGACAAGAGCGAGGAAGCACGGAAGAGGGGCUGGAACGACCUCGUGAUUCCCGACAGCUACAGCCAGCUGCUGGUAUCACUCGUCGACAACCACACGUCGGGCGCCGACAUGACGUCGAGGAAGCUAGCAGCCACACGCAGCUCGCCCAACGUGCAGAUCGACCUGACCAUUACCGCGUACACGGGCCGGCCGCUGUACGCCACCACCUGCGGUGAUAUUGGCGUGACAGCCGACGAGGUCGAGUUCCGCCUGCAAUACCACACGGAACUGGCGGCAAGGUGGGGUUGCGUGCUGCUGCUCGACAAGGCGGACGUGUUUCUGAUGAAGAGGAGCUGGCGCGACAUGCACCGGAACGCGCUGGUGUCUGUCUUCCUCCGCCACCUCGAGUACUACUCGGGCAUCCUGUUCCUGACGACCAACAUUGUGGGCGUCAUCGACGAGGCGUUCAAGUCGCGCAUCCACGUCGCGCUGCGGUACCCGACCAUCGACCUCCCCUCGACAGAGAAGAUCUGGAACAGCCUGCUAAACCGGCUAGCCAAAGACAACGAGACGUCUGCCGUCAAGAUCCAGUUCGACCGGUCUACGCUCUUGAAAUUCGCGCGGGACCACUACCGCAAGCACGAGGCGAGCGACACGACGUGGAACGGACGCCAGGUGCGCAACGCGUUCCAGACGGCCAUCGCGCUGGGCGAGUUCGAGCGGCUGAGCCGGAUCAAGGACGAGGGGCUGACGCUCGACGAAGCGCUGCGGCUUCGUGUAUCAGCAGCGACGGCUGGCGGAGGAGGAGGCCACAACAAGACUACCGAGCGGCUGACGACGAUCCGGCUGACGCGGCGCAACCUCGAGGACAUCGCCAAGACGGCGCGCGACUUUGAGAACUACAUCGUCUCGAUCCGCGGGCCGGACCACGAGGUGGCGCAGGCGAGCCAGCUGCGCGAUGACGACUACGGGCGCCAGCUACCGCGCGCGCAGAAGGACUACAACCUCGGUGGUAAGGACGCUGCCGUGUCCUCGAUGCGCGCUACCGGGAGACGGGAAAGAGAGCGGCAUCUCCGAGAGCCGGCCCAGGGCAGCGGCAGUGGUGCCAGUGCGCGGGCGUCGCCAGCGGUGAGGGCACCGCCGCCGCCUUCGGUUGCAAGUGUGCGGUCGUCUGGCAAGGGAAAGGAGGCGCCCGCUGCCGCUGCGAGAAGGCCCAGAUAUCGAGAUGAAUACGAGGAUGACGACGAAGGCGCGGACGAGGACGGGUGGGAGAGCGGGCACGAUGGCAAAGGCUGGGAAGGAGAGGAGGGCGACUAUGAUAACGACAAUGAUGACACGGUCGACAGCGAGAUUGAUGACAACGACUAUUGA